AUGGUUCCAGAACCUAUUUUAUUGAGGACAUUAAAGGUUUUAGAUCAUCAAAUUCACCGUGCAGAAGGUCUGUCAUUUGAUGAGUGUGAACAUGUCCCCGAGACAUUACCAUAUGAGGUUCUAAUGAAAAAGAGUGCACCUCCAAAGAGUGAUGUACCUAUCAUCAUACCUAGUAAUUUUCUCGAGGCUGAUGGCUUUGUAUUUGGCUUUCCCACAAGGUUCGGAAUGAUGGCUGCCCAAUUCAAAGCCUUUCUUGAUGUAACUAGGGACCUAUGGAGAACACGACAGCUUGCUGGGAAACCUACUGGGAUCUUCUACAACACUAGAUCUCAAGGCGGUGGACAAGAAACUACUGCGUAA